UUCGGGUUUCGGGUUUCGGUAUCGUUUUAGUUUUCGCCGUCCAAUCAAGUUUUAUUGAAAUGAGUGCCCUCAUAUUUCUGAGUACGAUCCUAGUGGGAUUCGUGAUCUAUUCACUCUUCAAGUCCAUGCGGCGGCCCAAGAACUUUCCCCCAGGACCCCGAUUCCUUCCGUGGCUUGGUAACACCUUACAGUUUCGCAAAGAGGCCCGAGCCCUCGGUGGUCAGCAUAUCCUCUUCGAGCGCUGGUCAGAGAAGUAUAAGAGCAACCUGCUCGGCUUGAAGCUGGGCCAAGAGUAUGUGGUGGUGGCUCUGGGCCAUGAGAUGGUACGCGAGGUGCAGCUGCAGGAGGUGUAUGAAGGCCGGCCGGAUAACUUCUUCCUCCGCUUACGGACGAUGGGCACCCGGAAAGGUAUUACUUGCACGGACGGAAAGCUGUGGUACGAACACCGUAACUUUGCGAUGAAACAGAUGCGCCAUGUGGGAUACGGACGGAGCCAAAUGGAGCAGCACAUUGAGCGGGAGGCGGAGGAGCUGAUGUCACAGUUGAAUCGCACCCAAGAGGAACCCAUCGAGCCUGUAACCUGGCUGGCCCAGAGCGUGCUCAACGUGUUAUGGUGUCUCAUUGCCGGCAAGAGGAUCGUCAGCGAAGAGGACAGCACAUUGUACAGGCUACUUGACCUCAUGAACCGGCGCUCCAAGCUCUUCGACAUCUGCGGUGGGCUGCUGGCUCAGUUCCCCUGGCUGCGACACGUAGCUCCCGAUCGUACCGGCUACAAUCUCAUCCGUCAGCUUAACACCGAACUCUACGGCUUCUUCAUGGGCACCAUCGAGGAGCACCGUCGUCAGCUCGAAAAAGACCAGACUCCCAGGGAUGAGGAUCUCAUCUAUGCAUAUUUGCAGGAGAUGCAAAGCAAUGGGGACGAAACCAGCAGCUUCAAUGAAACGCAGCUCGUCAUGACCAUUUUGGACUUCUUCAUUGCUGGCUCCCAAACCACCAGCAACACUAUUAACUUGGCUCUUAUGGUUCUGGCCAUGCGGAAGGAUGUGCAAGAUAAGCUUUUUGCCGAGGUCUCCGCGAACAUGGAAAAGACCAGUACAGAUGCCUUUCCGCAUCUUAGCCGACGCGAGUCCUUCGACUAUAUGGAUGCCUUCAUAAUGGAAGUACAGCGAUUCUUCCACAUUACCCCGAUCACAGGACCCCGCCGGGCUUUGUGGCCUACCCAACUUGGUGGCUACGACAUCCCGAAGAACGCCACUAUCCUAAUUGGCCUGCGAUCCGUGCAUCUCGAUGCUAAGCACUGGGGCGAUCCUCUCGAGUUCCGUCCUGAACGAUUCCUAAAUGCAGAUGGCAAGUGUUUCAAGGAUGAGUUUUUCAUGCCCUUUGGAAUGGGAAGACGUCGUUGUCUAGGAGACGCCCUCGCCCGCGCCUGCAUAUUCUCCUUUCUGGUGAAGAUCGCUCAAAAUUUCCACAUUAUCCUGCCAGCGGGCGAAACCCCGUCUAUGGUACUACUUCCAGGAAUCACACUUACUCCAAAGCCCUACAAAGUGCAGUUCGUAAAGCGCACCUAAAUAUUAUCAUAGUUUAUAGAUGUAGAUACGAUAUACACGUAUAAUUCUGGUCUGGUUGUUGUUCUUUAUUCAAUUUUCGUUUGAAUUAAAUUAAACAUUUAAAAGUUCAUAGAUUUCUGUUCAUGGAUUAUUCGUAACAAAAUAAUGUAAAAUUACGCGUGUUUAUAUGAAUGUAUAACAACACCAAGUCAGGCUCUCAACGAAAUUGGGCUUAAUAAAAUAUAAAAUAUUUACAAA